AAAAGCUGGCAGGCACAUUGAAGAGGGACCUCUCCGAGAUCCGACUGUUCAGUUCAGCACAGAGCAGACAUUCGGCUUGUAGCUGCCAGAUAGACUGCUGCGUUACAGUGGGAUAAAGUCAUAUUGUUUAAUAUGACUUCCAUUGCUUUCUGGAACGUAUUUGAAUCGAGAAAGGACGAUAAAGUGACAAUAUAAUUUCUGGUUAGUUGUCAGGGAGUUUCUGGAAUUUUCUUUCAGGUUCUUACUUGUCAAUUAUUAAUUAUUUGAGAGUAUUUGUUUGGGAUGACAUACUGUUUACCGACCGUCUGAUGGAGAUAAAACUGUUAGACUUGAAUAACAAAUCAAAGCUCUCCCAGAAAUGGUGGGGCACCUACAUUUACAAGCUAUGGAUGACAGUCUGGAAGGAAAGAAUCGGGAGGGACUACUUGACAGUCCGGAUUCGGGACUCCCUCCGAGUCCAAGUCCGCCCUUCUAUUCGCUGUCCCCCGGUCUGCUCGAGUCGCGCUCCGGGAGUUGUACGACGCCAGUCGAGAACCAUGGAUACUAUAAAAAGGAGAGCAAAGAAGGCAAACUGCUGCCGUACCUUCUCCUGAACUCAACGGGGACGGACCUGAAGGCACGCAUGUACCCUGUGUUCUUUGGGGAGAGCAUCGAGGUCAACCCAAAACCUGAAACAGAGAUCAAGUGUAACUCUGAGGUGAAGUAUGACUCAGACAAGCACUACCGGGACCUGGUGUACUGCGCUCCUGUUCCAACGGUGACGUCCUACAGCGAGACGGUCAUUGCCAUGCAGAACUGCACCUGGAGGAGUUACAAGUCACAGGUAUACCUAGAGCCGCGCCAGAGGCCCCUGCACUACCAGAGCACCACCAUUGUGUACCCCAAACACGCCAAGAACACUUACCGCACCACGCUCAACUACAACGCUACGGGUUCCCAACGGUGGUUUGUCUCCACCGUCCAGCUGGAGUCCAGUGAGGACAGCAGCCCCUGCAUCAUCUAUACAGAGGACCUCUAAACCUGAUGCCUGCCUGUGAGGACAGCAGCCCCUGCAUCAUCUAUACAGUGGACCUCUAAACCUGAUCCCUGCCUGGCUAAUUCUACUGUUAUGGAAUGGACACACACACACACACACACACACACACACACUACAUAAUGUAUUAGGGGUACUGUAGGGGAAGUACAGCGAAUCACAUAGGCCUUUAAAGAGCUGCACUUCAUGGUUCAUUGUUUGUCUGAUUGCGUUGAGCCCUUCCAGUCUGUAGCCUCCUCCCAUCUCCAGACACACCUCUGAUAGCUGAGCAUGACUAAUUAAGGCUUGAUGGUAGCAUGUGACACAUCUUGUUGGACUGUCAAUAUGUAUUAUAGAAAUGACAUAUUCAUGAAUGCUCAAAAGGGAAAACGUGCGAAUACACAGACAGACUCAUGAAAAGCAGCCUCUGUGUAAAUGAUGUGGGUAUUCUGAAGAGGGGGAAACAGAAAUGUAAUACUUAGCAUUUGAAAGAUUGGACCAAAGAUUUUGUAUCAAAGGAGGUUUCACCCUAGUAGUGAGUUAUGUCUUUGUCUCAACCUCAUCGAACUGUCAGAAAGGACUCCCGCAUUAGAUCUACUUCACAACUGUGCAUUUUUCUUAUCACAUGUCUUGAGGGUGUCAUGAGCACCUCAUUUUCACCUCCAGUGAUGUUGAACUCCUCUCUGCGGCUCUGCUGUUUUGCUUUGACACCAAACCACAUCUUCAUGACAUAAACUCUAGAAUCUGCCUCUUUUGUCUGAAACACAAAGGUCUUCUAAAGGAAAAUAUCACAUUCUCUUACCAUUUUCUACAACCAAUCAGAAACAGAGUCUUAGCAGGCACCAUAAACAGCAGGCAGACAGACAGUCAAGGUUUCUGUUAUAGAAUGCCUCUGGUGAAGGAGAUGCCAGUUGGAAAUGCCAAACUUGGAUCCAGAGAGGAGGAGGGAGAGCAGAGCUAACCAGUUAAUACUGUGACUAGCUGGGCAAACCUGAGGAACAUUUCUGUCUGUUUUUAGACAGCUCUAACCUUUGAUGUCCUGAUUGUUUGGCAGACUGGUAAACACAACCAUAAAAAUCCCAACAGUUACUCUCUCCAGCAGACUGUUGUAAUAUACUGGAUAAGGAAAUGGGUGGCUUGGAUUUAUAUACUGCUGUCAGGUGAUGUUGUAGGAAAAUAAUACAGAUGUAAUAUAGAUUAUUAAGAAUUGCCUGAUCUGGCUCACAACCUCUUUUUGUCUGACUUAUAUACAUAUGGAUUAUGGAACCUGGUAAAUGUUGAAUGCUGUGUAUUAUGAAUUCAGAUUACUUACCUCAGGUUAAAAAAAAUAAUCUCUACUCUAUUUCAUUGAAAAUGUGUAUUACCUACUUUUAAUUGACAAUCUUUUUUAAAUGAAAGCUGUAGUUGAUGUAGGUGUUGAAAAUGUACAAAGAAAGGUGUGUUUUAUACACUCAAGAAUAUGGAAGGAAGAAAGUAAGGAGAGAAAGUGGAGAGAGGCUGUGCAGUUUUAUCAGUGGUUUUUGGAGGGUUUCUUGAAGGUUAAGAUGUUCUGAAUACUUACAAUACUGAGGGUUUGAACCAUAGGUAUUAUAGUGGCUUGCACAGAAAGAUAGUUCACUGGAAAGUUGGUUGUGGGUUAAUGUGAUGUGCAGAAGGUAUCUGAGAAGUCAUUAUUGGUACAUUUGAGUUGAUGAAAAUCUAGGGGUCUGUUGUUUUUCUUAUUAUUAAAGUUAGUGAACACUAACAGUUGAUUUUGUUCUUGUAAAAUACUUUCCUGUUGUAUAUGUGGUAUUGAGGCAUUCUCUUUAUAUUUUUGUAUAUUUUCUGCCAAUCAUCUUUUUUUUGUUUUGGACAAGAGAAAAUAAUUUAAAAAGACAAAUGUAUAUCUUAAUUGAAUAAAAAACGAAAUUCCAAAACACAAA